CCCCCGCCAGUAAACAAUUGCUCUUUUCAUCCGGGUACUGUCAAGCAGCACCAACCAUAAGAUGCCAUGCUCUCCGGACUCGGCAUAGACAUCCUAUCCCUCUCCCGUUUUCGGGACUUUGUCAUUCGCAGAGGCGCAGACAAAGUGGCAAAACGGAUAUGUACGCCUGGCGAGCUCAAGCGGUUCGAGAAACUGGCUCGGGAUAGCGUAGCAAGGCGAAUUGGGCCCGAGUCUGCCCAUAGUAGUAACACCCAAUUGGAGGCCACAUCUUCGGUAUUGGGGACUGAAGAUAUUCUAGAUAGACAGGUCCGGUUCUUAUCCUCCCGAUGGUGCAUCAAAGAAGCAGCUUACAAAUCCCUCUCACCCCUUCUCCCCCGCCCGCCGUCUUUCAAGACGUUUGAACUCGUACACUCUUUAACAGGCCAACCGACAUUAGAUAUCAUCAGUGAAGCAAAAGACAAGUACACGCUCUUGUCGAGCUUAUCGCAUGAUGCCGGCGUCGUUGUUGGAGUCGUUAUCGCCAUCGAUAGAACAUUUAAUUUGCUUCGGAAAGACGAUGUAGACUUUUCUCAUUGAACGAAAUGGACAUGUCUAGUCAAAUCCUGGGUAUAAUAGCG